AGAGCCGUUUGGUUUUCUUUGGGCUCCAAAAUUUGGAGUUUUUGAAUCUUUACGUGGUUUUCGAUAGUUGGUAGGUUGGUCAUUGGCAAUGGAGGGAGGUGAUCUUUAUCAAGUAAGUAAUAGUUUAAGAGCAAACAGUUCGUCCAUAUGGAGGGACACUGGUAUCGACGUUUUCUCAAGAUCUUUCCGAGAAGAUGAUGAAGAAGCACUAAAAUGGGCAGCCAUUGAAAGACUUCCAACAUUUGCUCGUGUUAGAAAAGGUUUAUUGACCACAUCAAAUGGCGAGACAAGCGAAGUUGAUAUAUCUAAACUUGGGUAUGAAGAAAGGAAGAAUUUGAUGGGAAGGUUGAUCAAAGACACUGAAGAAGACAAUGAAAGUUUCUUGUUAAAGCACAGACAGCGCCUUGACAGGGUUGGUAUUGAAAUUCCCACUCUUGAAGUCAGAUUUGAGCAUCUAAGAGUUGACGCAGAAGCAUAUAUAGGAAGCAGGGCCUUGCCUUCAUUUUUCAGUUUCUUUAUCAAUAAACUAGAGAGCAUCUUGCAUCACCUGCAUUUGCUUUCUAGUAGAAAGAAACAUUUGUCUAUUCUUCGCAAUGUAAGUGGGAUCAUCAGGCCUAGCAGAAUGACUUUGCUUUUGGGUCCUCCAAGUUCUGGAAAAACCACUCUUUUGUUAGCAUUGGCAGGAAAGCUUGACCGUGAUCUAAAGUUUUCAGGAAAGGUGACAUACAAUGGCCAUGAUAUGAAUGAGUUUGUGGCACAGAGAACUGCUGCAUACAUCGGUCAAAAUGAUCUCCAUAUUCCAGAGCUGACAGUAAGAGAAACCUUGGCCUUCUCUGCAAGAUGCCAGGGGGUCGGACCACGCUACGAGAUGCUAGCAGAAUUGGCAAGGAGGGAAAAAGCUGCAAAUAUUAAACCUGAUCCUGAUAUCGAUGUCUUCAUGAAGGCAGCAUCCAUAGAGGGUCAAGAAACAAGUGUGAUCACAGAGUACAUUAUAAAGGUUUUGGGACUAGAAAUUUGUGCAGAUACUUUGGUGGGGGAUGAAAUGAUUAGGGGCAUUUCUGGAGGACAAAGGAAGCGAGUGACAACCGGUGAAAUGCUAGCUGGACCAGCAAAGCUACUUCUCAUGGAUGAGAUAUCCACUGGUCUGGACAGUUCAACGACAUACCAAAUUGUCAAAUCACUGAGGCAACUUAUUCACAUUCUGAAUGGAACUGCCUUUAUUUCUCUCCUUCAGCCAGCACCAGAGACUUAUGAACUCUUUGAUGAUAUCAUUCUCCUGUCUGAUGGCCAGAUUGUUUACCAGGGUCCCCGUGAACAUGUGCUUGAGUUUUUUGAAUCCAUGGGUUUCAAAUGUCCUCCAAGAAAGGGUGUAGCUGACUUCUUGCAAGAAGUUACAUCAAGGAAUGAUCAAAGACAGUAUUGGAUGCAAACUGACAGAGCCUACAGUUUCGUCACAGUGGACAACUUUGCGGAGGCCUUCCAAUCAUUCCAUGUGGGAAAAGGAUUGCAAGUUGAUCUUGCAACUCCAUUUGAUAAGACUCGAAGUGAUCCUACUCUUUUGACCACCGAGAAUUAUGGUCUUAAGAAGAUGGAGCUUUUCAAAGCUUGCUUCUCAAAAGAACUUCUGUUGAUGAAGAGGAAUUCAUUUGUAUACAUCUUCAAGCUCGUACAGAUCGUACUGAUGGCAGUGAUAGGAUCAACUGUCUUUCUGAGGACUGAGAUGCAUAAGAAGACUGAAAUUGAUGGAGUAAUUCAGAUGGGGGCUGUGUUCUUCUCUGUAUUUAUGAUCAUGUUUAAUGGAUUAGUAGAGCUCGGCUUCACUAUUUUCAAGCUUCCAGUCUUCUUCAAGCAAAGAGACAACUUAUUCUAUCCUGCAUGGGCAUAUGCCCUUCCUACAUGGAUUUUGAAGAUUCCUAUAUCAUUCAUAGAGGUUGGCAUCUGGGUAGCGAUCACCUAUUAUGUCAUGGGCCUGGAUCCCGAUAUUUUCAGGUUUUUAAAGCAGUUUCUUUUGCUGGUGCUGACGAACCAGAUGGCUUCUGCAUUAUUUCGAUUAAAUGCAGCGUUGGGUAGGGAGUUGACUAUUACUAGCACAUUCUCAUCAUUUUCAUUGCUUGUUCUUUUUGCGAACUGUGGAUAUGUCUUGUCACAAGAUGAGGUUAAGAAAUGGUGGAUCUGGGGUUAUUGGAUAUCACCUAUGAUGUACUCACAGAAUGCAAUAGUAAUUAAUGAAUUCCUUGGAGAGAGCUGGAAUCAUGUUAUCCCGUCAACAGCAGAACCUCUGGGAGUUUUGGUUUUAAAGUCUCGCGGGUUCUUUACAGAAGCGUACUGGUAUUGGAUAGGAGUAGGCGCAUUGGUGGGAUUCAUAUUAGUAUUCAAUUUCUGUUAUACUCUCGCUCUCACAUAUCUCAACGCCUUGGAUGAAUCCCGGUGUGUAAAGUCAGAAGCUCAAAGCAAUGAAGAUGAUGAUAGAAGUGAAGGAGAGGCUCAAUUGCUGCCCCAGGGAACUGCAGAACUAUUGAGGUCAAAAGCUGAGUCAGAUACAAUACGAGACAGGAAAAAGGGCAUGAUUCUUCCAUUUCAACAACACUGCAUUACCUUUGAGGAGAUUACAUAUGCGGUAGAUAUGCCACAGGAAAUGAAAGCACAGGGUGUGACUGAAGAUAGAUUGGUGCUUUUGAGGGGGGUAAGUGGUGCUUUCAGGCCUGGUAUUCUCACUGCCCUGAUGGGUGUUAGUGGAGCUGGUAAAACCACUUUGAUGGAUGUCCUAGCUGGUAGGAAAACUGGAGGAUACAUUGAGGGAAGCAUAAAAAUUUCUGGGUUUCCCAAAAAGCAAGAAACUUUUGCUCGUAUGUCUGGAUACUGUGAGCAAAAUGACAUCCAUUCCCCUUAUCUUACGGUCUAUGAGUCGUUGCUCUACUCUGCUUGGCUUCGGUUAGCUCCUGAAGUGAAUACUGAAACCAGAAAGAUGUUCGUGCAGGAAGUCAUGGAGCUCGUUGAACUAACCCCCUUGAGGCAAGCUUUAGUUGGCCUGCCAGGUGUAAGUGGUUUGUCUAUCGAGCAGCGCAAGAGGCUAACCAUUGCAGUUGAGCUAGUGGCCAAUCCCUCAAUCAUUUUCAUGGAUGAGCCAACUUCAGGGCUUGAUGCAAGAGCUGCUGCAAUUGUUAUGAGAACAGUUAGGAACACAGUGGACACUGGAAGGACAGUUGUAUGUACCAUCCAUCAACCAAGCAUUGAUAUAUUUGAAGCUUUUGAUGAGCUAUUAUUAUUGAAGCAAGGAGGACAAGAGAUAUAUGUUGGGCCACUGGGUCACAAUUACUGUGACUUAAUAAAGUACUUUGAGGGAAUUGAUGGAGUCAGCAAAAUAAAAGAUGGCUAUAACCCAGCAACUUGGAUGUUAGAACUUUCCACUCCUGCGCAGGAGAUGGCUUUGGGGGUUGAUUUUGCUGAUUUAUACAAAACUUCAGAACUGCACAAGAGAAAUAAAGCACUUAUUGAACAACUGAACGUGCCUUCUCCUGUUUCAAAGGAACUUCAUUUUCCCACUCGGUACUCGCAGUCAUUUUUCUCCCAAUUCUUGGUUUGCUUAUGGAAACAACGAUGGUCAUACUGGCGAAAUACAUCAUACACUGCAGUAAGAUUUUUCUUCACGACUGUCAUAGCCUUAAUGAUCGGAACAAUGUUCUGGAAAAUUGGCUCCAAGAGAUCAAGGCAUCAAGACCUCUUUAAUUCAAUGGGUUCUAUGUAUGUUGCUGUUCUCUUUCUUGGGUUCCAAAAUGCUGCAAGUAUACAGCCAGUCGUGAACGUUGAGCGAACCGUCUUUUACAGGGAAAAAGCUGCUGGAAUGUAUACACCUAUGGCCUAUGCUUUUGCACAGGUUGUCGUUGAGCUCCCAUAUAUCUUUGUGCAAGCAGUGACUUAUGGCACCAUCGUUUAUUCAAUAAUGGCAUUCGAAUGGACUGCUGCUAAAUUCUUAUGGUACAUAUUCUUCAUGUAUUUCACAUUGCUGUACUUCACCUUUUUCGGCAUGAUGUCUGUGGCUAUAACACCAAACUUCCACAUUGCUGGAGUCAUUUCUACUGCAUUUUAUGCAAUUUGGAAUCUCUUUACAGGAUUCUUAGUCCCACACACGAAAAUUCCUGUAUGGUGGAGGUGGAACUAUUGGAUUUGUCCACCGGCUUGGACCUUGUAUGGAUUGGUGGUAUCCCAGUAUGGAGAUGGAAAGGAUGUUCUUGCAACUGGAGAAACUACAAAGCAAUUCUUGAAAAAUUAUUUUGGUUUCAGGCAUGAAUUUCUAGGCGUGGUGGCUGCUGUGAUUGUUGGAUGGGCACUGCUUUUUGCUUUUUUGUUCUCAGUUUUCAUCAAAUUGUUCAAUUUUCAAAAGCGAUAG